AUAGGUUUUUUUCUUUCUUUUUUGGUCUCUCCGACCCAUUUCACUUUACUUUCUUGUGCUAUAUAAGUGACUCGAAAAGUCUGUGUCUUUAGGGUUCUCCGCUAGAAGAACAUUAUACUUCUCGAGAACUUCCGAAGAUGCACAAAUGGUGGACUUCACAGAAUCCAGUUAGGUAAGUUCAGGUUUUGUUCAUAUGUAUAUGUGGGCUACUAUGUUAUUACUGCUCAGUCAACGACUUCCCUUUCAUCUAAAAUCGUGGGUGCAAUAAGAAAAUGCUUUUGCAAAUUGCAAGUAUUACACAGCCAAUGGCUACCACCCUCAACUAUUCUGGAAUCUGAUUGCAAAGGCUGUAAUUUUUAAGGGGGUUUUGAAUCAAUCUACAGCAAGCCACGCUUUAUUUUAACUUUGAUAGCCUCGAAUUUCGUUUGGUUUAUGUUUGAAUGAGCAGGGUGUUUCUACCACAUGGUCUACAAGUUUACCCAUGUGGUCUUUGGGAUGUCAGAGUACAAAGAGCAUAAGUGAUUAAAAGUGGUUUUUGAAGCAAACCCAUUUGAAGAUGCCUUGGAUUCAGCAUCAAUUCCAGCAAAAAGAUGGUUAUUUGAGCUACCCACCUCCUUUUUCUCCUUCAUCUUCAUCUCCGUAUACUGGCACUUUUCAUAAAGAAUCAACUCCUUCAUCAUCUGGUACUAGAAUAAGUCCAGCUCUUCUUUUCGUUAUCGUAAUUCUGGCCGUACUAUUUUUCAUCUCUGGUCUACUCCACCUGCUUGUUAGAUUUCUCGUAAAGCACCCAUCUUCCUCAGCAUCUACUCAAUCCAGUAGAAACCCAGAAAUUUCAAGCUCCGAUGUUCUACAGAGACAGCUACAACAACUCUUCCAUCUCCAUGACUCUGGUCUAGAUCAAGCAUUUAUAGAUGCUCUUCCUGUUUUCCAGUAUAAGGAGAUAGUCGGACUCAAAGAGCCAUUUGAUUGUGCCGUUUGUCUCUGUGAGUUUUCUGGAAAGGACAAGCUCAGAUUGCUUCCUAUGUGUAGCCAUGCUUUCCAUAUCAAUUGUAUAGACACCUGGCUCCUAUCAAAUUCAACAUGUCCUCUUUGUAGAGGAACCCUCUUCACUCCCGAGUUUUCUGUUGAAACCCCAAAUUUUGAUUUUGAUGAUUUAAGAGAAGAUGGGUGGUCUGGCAAUGGUGAAAAUCGGUACACUUCUGGGAAGACUCUGGAAAUGGAGGAAAUUGUUGUUGAAAAGGGGGUUUUCCCAGUGAGACUCGGUAAGUUCAAGCAGCUAAAUGUUGGGACAGGGGAAGCUGGAGAGGGAGAGACAAGUAGCAGUAAUUUAGAUGCAAGAAGAUGUUAUUCAAUGGGAUCAUAUCAGUAUGUACUUGGCAAUUCAGACCUCCAGGUUGCCUUGUGCCAUGAUCGACAACUCCAUGAUAUAAAACUCAUAAACGGUUUAGAAAAUAAAGGGAAUUCCCCAGUUCAUGACGGUGUGGAAGGGAAGAAAAUUAGCACUGUGACCAAAGGCGAGAGCUAUUCUGUUUCCAAGAUCUGGCAGUGGUCAAAGAAAGGCAGAUUUUCAAGUUCCUCAGAUGCCCAGAUGGGCAUGCCUCCUUCUCUUAAUAUGGAAUUGCCACGGAUGAGUAAAGCACAAGGGACAUGAAAGAUGAUCUAGCUGCUGCACUGCAACCAAGGCAUUUCGCAAUUCAUUGAACUAUUGAAGCGUGUGAAGGGGCGUUGGGACCAAAUGUUUGGCUGAUGGAGGAUUAAAACAGUCAGAACAGCAAAACAACACUACGUGAUAUAGGUACAGAAACCCUGUACAAUAAUGCUCCUAUAGCACAAGAUCUCCACUGAAAAUAGAAUUCAGUGACCCUAGAGGCUUCCAGAAGGGAAAAGAAAAGAGUAAAUGAUGAGAAAGAAGAAAAAGAAACACACAAGUAGUAGUCUGCAACCACUACCAAGUGUUGUCAAAUCAAAAAGAACCCUUCCAUUAUAAAAGUUUGUGUUGAAUUUUGGAUCAUACAAGAGCACAGCUGCCCAUGCUUGUCGGUUCCCCUACCUUGUUGAGACCACUCAAAAGUCGGAGAAGGAAAGGAUUGUGGAAAUUGGGAUCUGCAACUGUAGUUGGAAAACAACCCACAGUAGAUGGUUGUGGGAUGAGUGCUUGCUUGGGGCUAUUGUGGGAAGGGUAGCACUUGGAGUCGAUCGGGUGGGAAGUAAAUUUUUACACCAGUCAAUUGAAGGUUGCCACAUAUGUCUCUACAGUUUUCUAUUUGCACCCUCACCUAGGUGAUAAAAACAGUUUAUUUGGAUUUUCCCCUACCCACGUGACCUACUCUCCUCAUCUAUUCGUCUCUCUCUCUACAAUACGAUCUGGUUUUCAAAUAUUUGUCGGGCUCUCGU